AUGAAGUGCAAGGAGCAUCCCUACGAAUUGGGCGCCGGCGUCUGCGCCUCCUGCCUCAGGGAGCGCCUCCUCGCUCUCGUAGCCGCCGAGAACGAGCUAUCCCCCCACCGCCAACCAUGGGGUUUCGACGCGCCCACCAUCGCCUUCCCCCGGUCCGUGUCGCCUUACCUGCCACACCGCCGAUCCGUCGGUUCCGACGCCUCGCACCACCACGACCCCAGCUUCUUCAGCACCCCCGGGCUCGGCCACACCUUGGAUGGCGAAUUCGACGGCGGUCGGAACCGGAGGUCCGGGCGGUUCUCCGUCCUCAAAGCGCUCUUCAGGCAUCACACAUCGGAGAAGGGAGAGGACGACUGGGUGCCUCGUAAGGGCUCCGGACCGAGAUCAUGGUUCUCGGCGCUCGUUCGCCUCCGCCGCCGCAGGAAGAAGCGGCAACCGGAGCCCUUCUCGGCGGCAGAGGGAGAGACGGCACCGGAACAGAAUACGAGGUCGUGUCGGUUGGUGCAGCGGGGGAUGUCGCCGGCCAUGGAGGACGAGGAGGAGUCGGACGCGAGCGGGUACACGAGCGAGUCCUCGAACGGGUGGAGGCGUCCGAUUCCGACGCGGCGGAUCUCCGCGAGCAGCCGUCACCGCCACCGCCACCACCAACAGCAACAACAACAACAACAACUGCGAGGCGUCGGCUGCGUGUCGGGGUUUACGGUCCGCCUGAGCCCGCUGAUGAGGUCGGGCGCCAGCGGGCGGCACAGCCAGGUGUCUGAAUCGGCGGGAGUCUCCGGUGAGCUGCGAUACCCGGCGAACUCGGUCCGCCGGGACCGGCGCACUGCCACCGGAUGCGCUCCGCUCGGGCUCGACCCGAGCCGGUCUUGGAAGCUAGCCGAUUUCGGCCGGUUCAAAUGA